AUGGAAGGCGUCUCUUGUGUCUUUCAUAGCAAUUUCGAUCUUCAUGAGUUAGUAUUACGACAGCCCAUCGUACGCUAUACGGGUUGUAUCAUCCGAAAUAUUGUGAGUGGACCAAGAACGGCGCUUCCUGGGGUCGGAAGUUGCCACGAGUGUUACGACGUGAAAGAGGCAAUAAUCAUUGCUUAA